GAUCUGAGGAGAGGAGUCGGGGCUGGCAGGGUGGGGGGCUUCUGAGGCUGGGUGGUCAGGGCUAGCAGGGGGCUCUGAGGAGGGGGGAUCGGGGCUGGCAGUGAAGGGCUGGGGGCCCUGAGUCAGGAGUAGCCCUGGAGAGAUGGUAUCCAGGCCCUUUAUUCAAUCAGCAAAGACCAGGCAGGCGGUAUUCAUUGGGGGCCACCUUCCACCCUCUGCCGUGCAGAGAGCAGGAGGAGAAAUUACUGCCACCAUCACUGGGUGAAAGGGGCUGAGUCACAGAAUCACAGAAAUGUAGCAGUGGAAGGGACCUCAGUCAGUCAUCUAGUCCAGUCCUCUGCACUCAAGGGAGGACUAAGUAAUAGUUAGAUCAUUCCUGACAGAUGUUUGUCUCACCUGUUCUUAAAAACCUCCGAUGUCGGAGAUUCCACAACUUCCCUAGGCAAUUUAUUCCAGUGAUUACUACCCUGAUAGUUAGGCAGUUUUUCCUAAUGUCCAACCUAAAUCUCCUUUGCUGCAAUUUAAGCCUGUUGCUUCUUAUCCUAUUCACAGAGGUUAAGGACAACAAUUUUUCACCCCCCUCUUUGUAACAACCUUUUAUGCAUUUGAAAAUUGUUAUCAUGUCCACCCUCUGUUGUCUCUGAAGAGACAGAUGCAGCUGUCAUCUCCCCCGAGCCUUCCCCAUAAAGGAGUCUCCAUCAAUGAGCAGAAACUGCAGCAGGAGAAGGAGAUCUCCCGCAGCCGCAUCCCCCGCCUGCUCCUUCGGCCUUAUGUAUCCCAGCAGCAGCAACAACAACAGAAAGUGUCCCCAGCCUCUGAGUCACCCUUCUCAGAGGAGGAGAGUAGACAGUUCAACCCCCGCAGUUCUUCUGGAGGCUCAGCAAGGACCAUCAGCAGCAACAGCUUCUGUUCAGAUGACACUGGCUGCCCUAGUAGCCAAUCAGUAUCUCCCGUUAAGACUCCUUCUGAUGCUGGAAACAGUCCAAUUAGUUUUUGUACAGGCAGUGAUGGAGACUAUACCAAAAAGAAAUGUAAUGCUGGAAUGGUGGGGGAAGGAAACCCACAGUCUGCACGAUAUAAGAAGGAAACAAAGACAAACCUUGUAAAACCAGGGAGCGAAGCUGAUUUUAGUUCUUCAAGCAGCACAGGCAGCAUUUCAGCCCCUGAAGUCCAUGUGUCUGUGGCUGGGAGCAAAAGAGCCUCUUUUUCUCGCAAUCGUGGCCCUCAUGGACGGAAUAAUGGAUCUUCAUCAUACAAGUCUGGAACCAGUCCACCUACUUCUCGUGAGAAGGACCUAUUGUCAGUACUGUGCAGAAAUCAGUUGAGUCCUGUUAACUUCAAUCAGAAUUAUGGAGCUUCUUCAGCCAGUAGCAGUAACUCAGGUUCAUACAAGGGAAGUGAUAGCAGCCCAGUUAUGAGGCGGUCGGUGAGAUAUACUUCUUGUGGGGAGAAUCAUGGCAUUAAAGCACCACAUCCAGAGCAGUAUUUGACCCCACUGCAGCAGAAAGAAGUUACAGUGAGACAUCUAAAAACAAAACUGAAGGAAUCUGAGAGCAAACUUCAAGAAAGGGAAGCAGAAAUAGAAGAGCUUAAGUCACAGCUGGCUCGCAUGAGGGAAGACUGGAUUGAAGAGGAGUGUCAUCGAGUGGAAGCACAGCUAGCCUUGAAAGAAGCAAGAAAGGAGAUCAAACAACUCAAGCAGGUUAUUGAAACCAUGAAAAACAGCUUGGCUGAGAAAGACAAAGGGAUUCAGAAGUAUUUCAUAGACAUAAAUAUCCAAAACAAGAAACUGGAGUCCUUGCUUCACAGCAUGGAGAUGGCUCAGAGCGGCUCUCUGAGGGAUGAGCAGUGUAUAGAGUAUACAUGUGAGUCACCUGGUAAGUCUUUAGGUCCAAGUACAAUAUAUUCCAAAAUGGUGGACAGCCUAGUUAUGGAGGACCAAGCCAUGGAGGACAGCAGGCUGCUGCUCAAUGAUGAUAUGGCUAAUGGGACUGACUUUUUUGAAGAAAUUAUUCUGGCUGCUACACCUGAAUCUGGUGAUCCAGCCCUCUUCACUUCCACUACUGGGCCCGCUGCCCUAAACCAAAAUGCACUUGAAAGGGUCUGUGCUAAAAAACUGACAUCCUCACAGGCAGAGGAGGAGAGUGACAAUAGCAUGAUGAUGGAACAGGCCAUUCAGACUGAUGUGGUGCCAUACAGCCCGGAUGUGGAGCAGCUCCUUCAAAACAUAUUCAGAUCACAACAUACCAGUCCCAUGAGCCCAUUUGCUACCUUAAAGGGAUUGGAUGGAUUUCCUGCUCAAUGUUUCAGUGAAUCUGCUUUGCUACUGGACUUAAAUCCCAGUGAUCCAAACUCUGCCAUCCUUUUGUCUCCCAUGGAGUCUCCAGGUAGCAAGGGGGAUUGGAGCAUUAAUGAAAACCGUGUUAUGAAGGAACUUGAUUUUACAGCCUCUCAUGAUGAAACAUUCAGAAAUGUCAUCACGCUCUCUCAGGCAGGCAUCACGAAAAGGUACUGGAGCAGCAGUUUCCUUCUAGAUCUUUUGGCUGUAGCAGCCCCCAUUGUACCAACAGUAAUGUGGGCGUUCAGCACUCAACGAGGCGGAACAGAUCCGGUCUAUAACAUCUGUGCACUGCUUCGUGGCUGUUGCCUGGUGACACUACACUCGCUGCGUUGUGCACCUUUCAGUACCAAAACCUAAGUGCAGCUGCCCAGUCAUGUGUGCUGGUUGGUGGGAGAAGAAUUACAAUAGACCAUAAAAAGUGUGUGUGUAUAAUGGCAGAGUCUGUCUUUUUGCUCCUGAAUAUUUGAUAUGCACUAUAUUUAGCUGAAAACAUGUUUGUUGUUUGAAACUGAAGGAAGGCUCAGUGACGUGGCGGCUUGGUCCUACUAAAUGUACUACCCGUGUACUUUAGCAAGCAUGCUGUCGCUUUUCAUUUGUAGUCUGAUGUAUCGAUUCUUACACUAAAAGCUCAUACUUCCAAGGCAGCUUCGGGCACGUAUUGUAUGUCUGUCUUGCUUAGUUCUCUUGUAAAAUAUAUAAUUGCCCUAGCAUUCCACUGGUCUUGUGUACAAGGGGACAGUAACCAAAAAUACAUUUGUGUAGGUUGUUGGGCAUCUUGAAUAUUGCUAUGUUUGAUAAAUAGGGGGUAAAUAUAUUUUAUGCAUAUUAUUUUAAAGUCUUAAAUGAACUCUUAUUGUAACCUGCUAGGCAUUCAAGCCAUGUGAAAUAUUCUCUUUAAGUGUAUUGUGAAUUAACUUAUUUUUUGCUUAUUUAAUCGUGUUUUAUUGGAAACAACAGAUUUAUAAUCACAACUUACAGUAAAGCAUGCUAAAAGUA